AUGUACUCGUCGAUUCUCCGGGAACGAUCAGGAACCUUCACUGGAACCUUAUGGAGCCGAAUCUUCUCACGGAACAUGGGCGGUGGUCCGAGAACCUUCCCAGGAGGACUCAACAAGUGGCAAUGGAAACGUAUGCACGAGAAGAAAGCGAGAGAGAAAGAGAACAAGCUCUUGGAUCAAGAGAAACAGCUCUACGAGGCUCGAAUCCGGUCAGAAAUCCGAGCUAAAAUGUGGGGCAAUUCAGAUCCCGGCGAGAAACCGACGGCGAAACCGAGCCAGAGCCACGGUCCGAUGAGCCCGAGAGAGCAUAUCAAAUCGUUAGCUGAUCGGUUUAUGAAAGCUGGAGCAGAUGAUUUGUGGAACGAAGACGACGGGCCGGUUAAGAAACCGGUUGACAAUUCAAAUUCGAAUUCGAUUGAUUCUUCGUCAAAUUCGCCGAUUGAUGUUCGGAGAUUGGUUUCUGGGAAUCGUGUUUCAACUGGUAGUUAUAAUAGUAAUCGGAGUUUCGAUAGUCGUAGGAGCAGAGGCUUUUCGAGUAUGAGUAGAGGUAGGUUUAAGAGAAAUGAGAGUUCUUGCGAUGAAGGAGACGAUGAUGGAUUUGAUGCUAAAAAGUUGGAUACUUUGAGUCCUUUCUCUCCUAAGUUCGCUGGUAAGAAGGAGAAAGUGAAGAGCUCGAGGAAUGUGAAUGGAGUUAUAAGGAACAGAGGAUUGUUUGGUCAGAGUCAGAGUCAGAGGAAGUUUAGGAAGAAUGAUAGCUCGACUGAAGAAGAUUCAGAGGACGAAAACGAUGGUAAUGGGAAGAUGAAAGGUUGGAUUGAUUUGAGGAGAACAGGAAGCAGUGCUUCGUUAGGAAACCAUGAUGUCAAACUGACGAAACGAGCGAACCGUAUUGUCACUGAUGAAGAGCUUUAUCCUCCGUUGGAUAUCAAUGUAGUUAGAGAAGAUCUCAGUAAGAGAAAGUCUCUGGAAAAUGUAAUGGAAGAGAACAGAGAGCCUCUUGAUUCGAUUUACAGCGGAAAAAGAUUUGAUGAGUCUUGUUUAUCUCCAUUGACUCUAAAGGCACUUUCUGCUUCUGGCAUUGUUAAGAUGACUAGAGUACAAGAUGCUACUCUCUCUGAGUGCCUUGACGGUAAAGAUGCGUUAGUCAAAGCCAAAACCGGGACAGGGAAGAGCAUGGCGUUUUUGCUUCCUGCUAUUGAAACAGUUGUGAAAGCUAUGAGAAGCAGUGAUAGUAGUGUUCACAGAGUUUCUCCGAUAUUCGCUCUUAUCCUCUGUCCUACAAGAGAACUUGCAAGCCAGAUUGCUGCAGAAGGCAAAGCUUUGCUUAAAUACCAUGAAGGGAUCGGUGUUCAGACUCUGAUUGGAGGUACUCGCUUCAAACUUGAUCAGCAACGACUAGAAUCCGAUCCGUGCCAGAUACUCAUUGCAACUCCGGGGAGGCUUUUGGAUCAUAUAGAGAAUAAGUCUAACAUAACGUCUCGUUUGAUGGCGCUUAAGUUGUUCAUUGUCGACGAAGCUGAUCUCUUGCUAGACUUAGGUUUCAGGAGAGAUGUCGAAAAGAUCAUUGAUUGUUUGCCUCGUCAAAGACAAUCUCUUCUCUUUUCUGCAACCAUUCCAAAAGAGGUCCGUCGAGUAUCUCAGCUUGUUUUGAAAAGAGAUCACUCUUAUAUUGACACAAUAGGUCUUGGUUGUGUAGAGACUCAUGAUAAGGUGGAACAGUCUGUUAUGGUUGCUCCACAUGAAUCUCAUUUCCACGUAGUACCUCAUCUAUUGAAUGAGCACAUCAGCAACACAGCAGAUUAUAAGGUAAUAGUCUUCUGUUCAACCGGAAUGGUAACAUCACUGAUGUACACUCUGCUCCGAGAAAUGAAACUAAACGUUAGGGAGAUUCACGCAAGAAAGCCUCAGCUCCAUAGAACACGUGUCUCAGACGAGUUCAAAGAAUCGAAUAGACUGAUUCUUGUCACGUCUGAUGUCUCUGCUCGUGGAAUGAACUAUCCAGAUGUUACUUUGGUUAUUCAGGUUGGUAUACCGAGUGAUAGAGAACAGUAUAUACAUCGGCUUGGUAGAACAGGAAGAGAAGGCAAAGAUGGCAAAGGAUUGCUUUUGAUUGCGCCAUGGGAGAGAUAUUUUCUUGAUGAGCUUAAAGAUUUGCCUCUCGAACCGGUUCCGGUUCCGGAUCUUGAUUCAAGAACCAAACUUGAGGUUGAUCAGUCAAUGGCUAAGAUUGAUACAAGUAUCAAAGAAGCAGCGUACCAUGCUUGGCUCGGUUACUACAACUCGGUUCGAGAAACCGGUAGAGAUAAAACCACUUUGGCCGAGUUAGCUAACCGGUUUUGCUAUUCAAUCGGUUUGGAGAAGCCUCCUGCUUUGUUCCGCAAAACCGCGGUGAAGAUGGGUCUCAAAGGCAUUCCUGGUAUUCCAAUCCGAAAGUAA